AACCAACGUCAAUAUUCAAUUCGAUCACCCAAUGACUUACCUGUGCAGCGGUGCCAUUGUAUAGAAAACAGUAAACAGAGGGAUAGAUAGCUAUACUUCAUUUCUGUUUUCGUCUUCAUUUACAAUGACGGACCAGCUGAGUGAAGAACAGAUUGGCGAAUUCAAAGAGGCGUUCAGUCUGUUUGACAAAGAUGGCGACGGCACCAUCACAACAAAAGAGUUGGGAACCGUGAUGAGGUCACUAGGUCAGAAUCCAACAGAAGCCGAAUUACAAGACAUGAUCAACGAAGUAGAUGCAGAUGGCAAUGGUACAAUCGACUUCGACGAGUUUCUCACGAUGAUGUCCCGGAAGAUGAAGGACACGGACUCGGAGGAGGAGAUCCGAGAGGCGUUCCGAGUGUUCGACAAGGACGGGAACGGCCUGAUCAGCGCCGCCGAGCUGCGUCACGUGAUGACUAACCUGGGUGAGAAACUCACGGACGAGGAGGUGGACGAGAUGAUCAAAGAGGCCGACACGGACGGAGACGGACAGGUUAAUUACGAAGAAUUUAAAGAAGCAUUUAGUAUGUUUGAUACAGACGGCGAUGGUUCCAUAACUGCCAAAGAAUUGGGAUACGUAAUGAGGUCACUGGGUCAGAAUGUAACAGAUGCAGAAUUAGACGAUCUCAUUAACGAAGUAGAUACAGACGGCAAUGGCAGCAUCGACUUCCCAGAAUUCCUUACAAUGAUGGCGGGGAAGAUGAGUGAAGUGGACACAGACGAGGAGAUGCGACAGGUGUUCCUCGUGUUCGACAGGGACAAGGACGGCUACAUCAACGCCCAGGAGCUGAAACACGCUGACCAACUGACUGAAGAGCAGAUCGCUGAGUUUAAAGAGGCGUUCAGUCUGUUCGACAAAGAUGGCGACGGCACCAUCACAACAAAAGAGUUGGGAACCGUGAUGAGGUCACUAGGUCAGAAUCCAACAGAAGCAGAAUUACAAGACAUGAUCAACGAAGUAGAUGCAGAUGGUAAUGGAACUAUAGAUUUCCCCGAAUUUCUUACGAUGAUGGCAAGAAAAAUGAAAGACACCGAUUCAGAGGAAGAAAUUAAGGAAGCCUUCAGAGUUUUUGACAAGGAUGGCAACGGUUUCAUAAGUGCGGCGGAAUUGAGGCAUGUGAUGACAAAUUUGGGGGAGAAGUUAACUGAUGAAGAGGUAGACGAAAUGAUUAGAGAAGCAGAUAUUGAUGGAGAUGGACAAGUUAACUAUGAAGAAUUUGUGAAAAUGAUGACCUCGAAAUGAUUUCAACAGACAUUUGACAAUUGUUAUUUACAAACGAGGCGAAGACAUUCCAAUGACCUUAACCAUGACAUUCUCAAUUGUCCCGUCUAAACUGAUAUCGUGGAGCAAUUUUUUAUUACUUAACGACAAGAAUAGAUGUUCCCCGAGGUGAAUGAAGAGACAGUUGUGGGAAAUGAUCUGAUUUCGACGUCUAUCAGGCGUAUUGGGCAAUCGCAGUGUACAGCAAUUUUCUAUUUAUUCCAUUGCCUCGAUGACUACUCUAACGAUCAUAUAGUUGGUAGGUCGCAUUGACGACAUUCUUUGUGGUUAUUACCGUAGUUAAUGUCGUCCAAUUGUUUGUCUUCACGAAUAAAUUAUUUUGUAUUUUUCAA